CUGUAUCGAACCGCCUCACCCCUUCCCCUUCCUCUUCCGCUCCGCCUCCUGUCUUCUCAUCAGUGCUCGCACGCGGAGGGAGGCGGAGGCGAAGCCCUGCCCCCCCCCCCCCUAUCCGCCGCGGCGACGCUGAUGGCCGCGCCGCGCGACGCCUGCGUGCUCGUCGUCCUCCUCCUGCUCGCCGCAUCCGCGGCGCUCGCGCCGGUGGCCUCCGCCGUGCCUUUCAUCGUCCUGCACGGGAUCGGAGACGAAUGCGGGAACGACGGGUUGGCGUCCUUCACCGAGUUGCUUGGGGAGUGGUCCAGCUCCAAAGGCUACUGCAUUGAAAUUGGAAGAGGAGCAUGGGACUCUUGGUUAAUGCCACUUCAAGAGCAGGCAAAUACAGUUUGCAAGAAGGUCAAGAAAAUGAAAGAGCUCAGCAAAGGUUACAACAUAAUCGGCCUGUCUCAGGGAAACUUAAUUGGUCGGGCUGUAAUUGAGUACUGUGACCAUGGACCACCGGUCAAGAAUUUCAUCUCAAUUGGUGGUCCUCAUGCUGGUACAGCUUCAGUGCCUCUUUGCGGUUCUGGGAUUCUUUGUAUUCUUAUUGAUGAUCUGAUUAAAUUGGAGAUAUAUUCAGACUAUGUGCAGGCACAUCUUGCCCCUAGUGGUUACGUAAAGAUACCCACUGAUAUGGAAGAUUAUUUGAAGGGGUGCAGAUUUCUUCCAAAGCUUAACAAUGAGAUACCAAGUCAAAGAAAUGUUACCUAUAAAGAAAGAUUCAGCAGCUUGGAAAACUUAGUAUUGAUCAUGUUUGAGGACGAUGCAGUCCUAAUACCUCGGGAAACAGCAUGGUUUGGUUAUUACCCUGCCGGCGCCUUUAACCCAGUGCUGCCUCCUCAAGAGACAAAGCUGUAUACCGAAGACUGGAUUGGCUUGAAGACUCUGGACGAGGCUGGGCGUGUUAAAUUCGUGUCUGUGCCAGGAGGUCACCUCCGCAUCUCCAGAAGCGACAUGAAGAAGUACGUCGUGCCUUACUUGAAGCCGGGUGGAUCAUCCAAGCAGGGCAUACGCCGUAUCCUGUCACAUUGACGCGCGGCUGCUUUAUUACAAACGAACCACGUGCAUAUUUGAGAAUGUCUGUAUCGGGGGCCCUGACAUGUCGACCCUGUAUUGACGCCUUGUAAAUACUCUAUAGUGUUGAACCGUAAUGGAAGAACAGAAAGCGUAGGAUAGGACGGUCGAGGCGCGGGUGCCGGGUUGACCCAUGUUUGAGUUUUUUCUUUUUUCCGUUUGGCUAACUCGACAAGUAGCAUCGCCAUGAUUGGACGUAACAGAUCGAUUAAGUUCCGCCCGUCACAUAGCCCUGUAGGUUCUGCUGUUAGCCAUUAGCUUUGCACAUUGAAUGAAAGCUCUAUAAGUUGGUUUUUAA